UUAGAUUUGUUGGUGUCGUUCGUGAUUCGCGGUGUAUCCAGUGUGUGUCACGUGUCAGUGUUACCAACCAUUAAGCUACGAGAGCCACUUGUUCGUCGUUAUCGCAAUUGGAGUUGUUUUCCCUUAUCAUCGGAAUCACAAAAAAGGAGCUUACAGAUCGCGAACUAUCGUGCGGGAAAUAGUUUGUUCUGAUUUUUCUGCGGCCAAUAGAUGGUAUCUCCGCAGAAGUUUCCCUAUGUAAAUUUUUUGUUCUCCGUAAGAAAAAGAUAAUGCACUGAUAACAGCCUCUUAUCCUUGUGCUUAGGCUGGCCAAGUGCUAAUUGUUCUGUUUAUAGCUAGCCUGGAGACGACCUGUUGGAUUAAAAUAAAUUUUUGUGAGCGCGCAGUGAUAAUUAAUCAAGUGACCCCCGGUUUAAAUCAUCGUAUUCAAAGCGUACAUAGUACAGAGUGCAUUUGAUUUCUUCCAGGAAAGAAAGUCUUAUCAGUUCGCGAAGAUUUUUCGACAGUUAGGCCCCGUCGCGAGAGAGAGAGAGUUGUCUGCGGUGAUUGAAAUUUUCCAAUUGUACAAAAUUCAGGAAGAAAAUUACAAUAGUGUCCUUUGAUUACUCAAAAUUUUGACCGAAGGUUCAAAAGCGCCCGCUAGGGCUGUCGCACUGGCGUCCUAUCUGGGGGACGGGUUUUCCGCCCUCGGUGCACGGGCACCACCGGCCAAGGAUCUUAUGGCUUUUGGUUCCGUAUUGCAACAUAAUCAACACAACAUAGGUCGAGGCGAGCCACCAGUGGGUUUGGGUGACCCAUGUGCGGGUUGUAACAAACCCAUCUUAGAUAAAUUUUUAUUAAAUGUAUUAGAACGUGGAUGGCAUGCGUCAUGUGUGCGGUGUUGUGAAUGUUUACAACUUCUAACAGAUAAAUGUUUUAGUCGUGAAGCCAAGCUUUACUGUAGAAAUGAUUUUUUUAGGCGAUAUGGAACAAAAUGUAGCGGAUGCGGACAAGGAAUAGCACCAUCAGAUCUCGUACGAAAACCGCGCGAUAAAGUCUUUCAUCUCAACUGUUUUACAUGUUGUAUAUGUCGAAAGCAGUUAAGUACGGGAGAACAGCUUUACGUUUUAGAUGACAAUAAAUUCAUUUGCAAAGAUGAUUAUCUGCUUGGCAAAGCCCCUGGACAGCAAUCUCUGAGCGAUUCAUUGAUGGGUUCUGGAAGUGAGGACGAGGACGACGAUGAACCGCAUGUGAGAGGACCUUCACUGGGAUUAGGUGCACUCGGUCCAAAUGGGCCUGAUUCAACAGGACCUUUGGGGGCAUCAGAUUUAUCAGUACAAAGUAUGAGCACGGACAGUAAAAACACACAUGAUGACUCAGAUCAGGGUUCAUUAGAUGGUGAUGCAGAAGGACGAGGAGAUUCGCAAGCCGAAAACAAAAGUCCGGAUGAUAGUGCCAAUGGUUCAAAACGUCGCGGACCUCGUACAACAAUUAAAGCCAAACAACUAGAAGUAUUAAAAACAGCAUUUAGUCAAACGCCGAAACCAACGAGGCAUAUUAGGGAACAAUUAGCUAAGGAAACUGGACUACCUAUGCGAGUGAUACAGGUUUGGUUUCAAAACAAACGAUCAAAAGAACGUCGACUUAAACAACUAACAAGUAUGGGACGAGGUCCUUUCUUUGGCGGUGCGAGAAAAAUGCGUGGUUUUCCAAUGAAUCUAUCGCCGGGCGGUCUAGACGAUGGUCCACCUGGUUUUCCAUAUUUUGCAGCCGACGGUAAAUUCGAAUUUGGCUAUGGCGGACCACCUUUUCAUCCGCAUGACAGUCCAUUCUUUCCGGGACAUCCAGGCGGACCGAUGCCUUUCAACGCUCCAGGUGGACCCAUGGAUCAUGCCGGCCCCAUACCUAUGGUUAAUGAAUUCAGUCUAACACCCGAAUCGAAUUUCAUCAAUCAAGCGGGCGGACAAACGGUUAAUAAUGCAAGUAAUGGUCCACCACCUGAUCAUAUAAUGGGAGCGGGAGGACCACGAAGCGGAUCACCUGAAUUUAUGAGUUCCGGUAAUUUCUCCGAACCGCAAAAUAUGCAAAAUGAGGGUCUAGUUUGGUAAUGCGCAAUGUAUAAUUUCAAUAUUUAUCACCAACAAUAUAGCCAUCGCUCAUAAUAUUUAUUAUUUUCCGGGAGAUGAGAUUAGAAAAUCUAAACUGAAUGAAAAUUUUGUAGAUUAUCCGCUUUACUAAUGUAAUGUACGCAGGUUGCACAGAAAUCCUAGGGAAAAAUUAUGGAAAGAAAUGGUGGAAUGGUGUAUAGAAAAUGGAAUAAGAGAGAAUAAGGACAUUAGUGCGAUUUGAAAAUUAAUAGUAACCAGGUUGGGAGAAAUGUGGGGAAUGUAUCUUUUUUCUAAUGAAAUGCAUAGCUUCCUUGUCAGAAGAUGUAAUCUUACUCCAAACUAUUGAAGUUUUGUGACGAAGUUAUAAGAGAUAAAUGUUCCUGCAUUGGAAAGAAGAUAGUUCGCUUUGACAUUUCAAAAGAAGAUGGAUGUAUAUUUUAUCCGUUCGCUGGAGUCCUUGGAAGAAAAAUAAACGAUUUAAUUGAUCCAAACUGGCAUAAAAUGCCCGGAAAAAUUAUAAUGGUUGCAAAAUCAUGAAUUGUAAAAACUAUUCCUAUAAGCAGAAUUAGAACCCUCAAUUAUCGCAUUUUUCUAAUUAACUUUUGUUACUAAGAAGAAAGGAAAGAAUUGUAUGCAAUUGUCGAAAAUUUGUAUAAAAGUAUUUUUAAGAUUAUGACAUUGAACACGUUAUUGCUGGAAUAUUUCUUUUCUUUUUCCCUUAAUUCACUGUAUCCAAUGUAACCGGUUUAAAAGUGAACUUACUGCUAUCGAAUUACUGGGUUGGGGAAAAAGAAAUGUCGUAUUUAUGAUCGAAAUUUGACGCUUUAUUUAACAUACUUAGAAUUAUCCGAUUUAAAUCAAAUAUGCGUCGUUUUGUUCGCAAAGUUGUU